AAGGAAGAAAAAUAGAAAAUAGCUCCUGGAACGACAGGAAGGAAGUGAAGAUCUGGGUCGAAGGAGAACAUCGAGUGAGAAGAAAUCAAAAAUGUUGCUCGCAGUUCUCUUCUCCAAUUCGGAAGGCAAUAUCCUUAUCGAACGUUUUCAUGGGGUUCCAGCUGAGGAGAGGUUGCACUGGCGAACUUUCUUAGUCAAGUUGGGAGCAGAUAACCUCAAGGGUGCCAAAAGUGAAGAGCUUUUCGUGGCUUCACACAAGUCAGUUUACAUUGUUUACACAAUGCUUGGUGAUGUCUGUAUCUAUGUUGUUGGCAAGGAUGAAUAUGAUGAACUUGCUUUGGCAGAAGUAAUCUUUGUUAUAACCUCAUCCGUGAAGGAUGUGUGUGGAAAGCCUCCAACUGAGCGCCUGUUUCUUGACAAGUAUGGAAAGAUAUGCUUGUGUUUGGAUGAAAUUGUUUGGAAGGGGAUGCUGGAGAACACAGACAAAGAUAGAAUCAGAAGACUUAUAAGGUUAAAGCCUCCUACUGAUAUCUGAAGGUGAAGGUAACCAUCUCAGUUCUGGUCAAGAUAACAAUUCAGAAGCCCUUGGCUUAUUUCCUGCUUUUUUUUUUUUUUUUUUUUAAUUUUCCUAGCCUUUCAUAUCUCAGGGAAAAGCUUUGUAAAUUUUAUUGCACUAUUGGUUUUGUAGUUAUAAGUCAUUGUAACCACUUUGUUAGGAUAUGUACCUUCUCUAUUUUUUAGGCUUUCUGCCUCCCCUGAUGAUCCUCACUUGAAUA